AUGAAGGAUCUGGGAGAGCACAUGACACUCCUGCUACCUACAGGGCGGGUGUCACCUCAUCUGUCACCUGCUACAAACCCGUCAUCUGUUGCACACCUGGCCCCUGCGGCACCUUUGGUGGUGCUGAUCGGGUGGCUCAACGCAAGCCCCUCUGUCCUGGGGAAGUAUGCAGAAGUGUACACCAAUCGUGGGUUCCAAGUUCUCCUGGUGAGGUCUCGAUUCAGCCAUGGCACACAGCCUGCUACGGGACGUCAGCUCAUGACCGACGUUCUGGACUUCCUGAAGAAAGAAGUCUCCUCUCAGCCCAUCCUUCUCCACGUGGCCUCCAUGGGCUUCUACAUGCUCGGGUGGAUGGUACACCUCAUGAAUAUUCAUGAGGACAAAUAUAGUGCUGUUAGGAACAAAGUUGUAGGGCUGGUUUUGGAUAGCCCUGUUGCCGACGGUAAGGGAGCCUUCAAUGGCAUGGUUGUGGGUUUGACCAGUUGGACUGUGCUACAGAUGGUCAUAAGGCUUGCAGUCAAUGUGUACUACAUGUUUGCAAAACGGGUCGUCAGCAAGUAUGAUGUUCUAACAGACAGUAUAACAGGAAAGCCUAUUCUAGCUCCAGUCCUGGUGCUGUAUUCCAUGGAUGACCCAGUGUGUCAGGUGGAUUCCUUGCAGGUGUUCUUGGGAAAAUGGAGGUCACUGGGGAUUGAGGUAACAGAGCGCUGCUGGGGAACGUCGACUCACGUAGGGCACCUGGUGAAUCACAGGGAAGACUAUUUGAGCGCCUUAGAUGGGUUCCUUGCUCGACUGCCACUGAACAGGACUCCAACAUCCAAAUUAUGAUACAUAAUGCACUACCUAUCAGCAUAUCAUAAAUGUGCAAUAAACUGUUAUCUUCCACCUCCCAUGCUAAUCUAUCACAACCUUGUAUUAAACUUGAUGUGAGUUAAUCUUGAGGCUGUAUAGGAUUUUUAUCCACCAUCGGAAGUCUACUAGAAGGGCCCAUCCCUCCCCUUCCACCACCAUUUACCUCCCCAACUGAAAUCAGUUACCAAUUUUGCACCUGGGUGGAAUGAAGACAGUCAUGUAAAGCCUUCCCAACGACACAACAGCU